AUGGGUCCUCCAGCAGGGUUCCCAAUGGGGGGUCCUCCACCUCCAGGGUUACAAAUGGCUCGUCCCAUGCCUCCUCCCUUAGUGCGAAAGCCUCCAGUUAUACAGCAACUCGUCUUCGAGUAUGGAGAUAUUGCUCCGGACAAUUUCGUUCAAAAGGGAAUUCUAAUAAAUCAAAGAUUUCCUGGUCCUCCAAUUCGUGUCCAGUGGCUGGACACGUUGAUUAUCGACGUCACAAAUAAUCUCGACCAUGGAAUUGCUCUACAUUUUCACGGGUUACGAAAUUACGGAGAAUCUUUUUCGGAUGGGGUUCCUUACAUAACGCAGGAGCCCAUUCCUCCAGGAGGCGUGUUUCGAUACACGAUCAACAUUGGGUAUCAAACGGGCACGUUUCUGUAUCAUUUGCAGUCUUCAGUGGCCGAUCAGAUUUGGGGAUUUGGACCCAUCAUUAUUGAAGAUGGACCAGAAUUGCUGGCAAAUCAGCCAGCCUAUUAUCACUUUUGGGAUCAUGUCCUCAUAUUGAGUCAGUGUUGGCACACCGCUAUGUCCAAGUUGUUUAAGCUUGAAGGACCCCUGAACUCCGAACAGGCCAAGUAUUUCAAAGGAUUUUCUUCAGAACCAGCCAGUAUUUUGAUAAAUGGUCGAUCCUACGGAAAAUGGGGGAAACGAAACGGUUUGACAGAAGGGUAUGAGGUAAUUACAGUCCAACCUGAAAAGACGUACAGAUUACGAGUAAUCGGUGGUGGGAUCGAUUCCAUCCUCACUUUCGCUAUAGAAAGUCACAAAAUGACAAUUAUGGAGGUGGACGGGACCAUAAUUGAACCAUUGGAAGUUGACCGACUCGAAGUCAACUCUGGUCAGAGAUACAGCAUUUUGGUGACGAUGGAUCAAGAGGUCGGAACGUAUUUAAUCACCAGCGAAAUGAUCCCUGGACCUGGGCCAAACAACGGGAAGGCUAUUCUUCAAUAUGAAGGGGCCGAAGUGGACGUGGCCAAAAGGACCAAAGUUUAUAAGGGAAAUAGCACUUUUGAGAAAUUAAAGAGAUGGGAGGGCAGUAAACUUUCCCCAAAUCCGGUCAUUCGUCAACCUGACAUUUAUCCUCUGCCGAAAUCUGUGGAUAGAGAAAUCGUCAUCACGAUGACCAGGAAAAAGAAGACGAAGGAGGCCAGUGAUGAUGACGAUGAUGAAUCUGAGGAUGACGACAAAAGCGAUAAAAAGACGAAGAGAGAUGCGUCGCCAAAAUCGGAUGACAGUCACGACACUUCAUAUUCUUAUCAAGGUUAG